GUUAAUCGUGCCUUGGUGCUGUCACCAUCUCUCGAGUUUAGUUACGAGGAGCGGACCAUCCCAACGUUCCGCACAUCCAGAGAUGUUAUCGUGAGGAUCAUAGCCACUGGGCUCUGCGGUUCCGAUAUCCACUAUUGGCAACAUGGUCGUAUCGGCAACUACAUCGUGGACUCUCCUAUCGUCCUAGGUCACGAAUCUGCAGGCAUCGUGGAGGCAUGCGGGCCUGAUGUGAAGAACUUGUCCGUUGGGGACCGCGUUGCGCUCGAGCCUGGCAUAUCUUGCAACACAUGCGAAGCGUGUAGGAGUGGCCGAUACAAUCUCUGCGAGUCAAUGCGAUUCGCUGCUACUCCACCCUACGACGGUACACUGUCGACUGUGUACUGUGUCCCCGAAGAAUGCUGUUUCAAGCUCCCGUCGCACGUAUCGUAUAAGGAAGGCGCGUUGGUGGAGCCUUUGAGCAUUGCAAUACACGUCUGCAAACUUGCUGGUGACCUCCAAGGCAAAUCCAUCAUUGUCUUCGGCGCCGGCCCGAUAGGAUUGUUGUGCUGUGCCGUAGCACACGCAUUUGGCGCAACUACAAUAGUGGCUGUGGAUGUCGUAGAUGCUCGGUUAGAUUUCGCGAGAACAUACGGCGCCACCUCAACGUACAAGAUGGGCUUACAGUCGCCGGAACACAACGCCGAGGCCAUGCUUGCCAGUACAGGGCUGGAGAGAGGAGGAGACGUUGUAAUCGAUGCUACUGGAGCACAACCUUGCAUCAAUAGUGGUGUGUGCGCUUUGAAACGCGGUGGGAUCUUUGUACAAGCUGGACUUGGUUCUCCAACUAUCGCAUUUCCAAUCGGUCAGAUUUGUGAUAAGGAAGCUACGCUGAAGGGCAGCUUUCGGUAUGGACCAGGCGACUACAAACUCGCGAUUGACCUACUGCGAUCUCGGCGGAUCUGCCUCAAGAGUCUCAUUUCGCACGAAUAUACGUUCGCGGAGGCGAAAGAAGCCUUUAUCAACGUCUCAAACAAGAACGGUAUAAAGACGGUUAUAUAUGGGCCUGGCGUUGAUGUCGUUCUGGCAAAUAGUACCGAAGAAGUUGUGGACACUCAUAUACCAUAA